AUGGCCAGAUUCAGCAGCGUCGUUUUGGUGCUAAUGGCUUCUCUCUUGUUGGCCUCAACAAGGGCACAAUCCCCUACUUCACCCUCUAAUGCUACCGCACCGCCCCCUGAAUCUCCAAAGAACCCUCCACCUUCCCCCUCUAAUGCUACCGCACCACCCUCUAAUGCUACCACAAAUGCCACCAACGGCGCCGUUUUGAAUAGAUUCUCCGCCGCCGGAUCUGUGGCCGUUGGGUUUUUCGCUGCUGUCUUGGUUAUGUAG